AUGUAAAUUUUCGUUAAGACUUUGACUGGAAAGACUAUUACUCUUGAUGUUGAACCAUCAGACACUAUUGACGCUGUCAAGGCUAAAAUUUAAGACAAGGAAGGAAUCCCACCUGAUUAAUAAAGACUCAUUUUUGCAGGAAAGUAAUUAGAAGAUGGAAGAACACUUUCAGACUAUAACAUUUAAAAGGAAUCAACUCUCCACUUAGUGUUGAGAUUGAGAGGUGGAAUGUAAAUUUUCGUUAAGACUUUGACUGGAAAAAACAUCACUCUUGAUGUUGAACCAUCAGACACUAUUGACGCUGUCAAGGCUAAAAUUUAAGACAAGGAAGGAAUCCCACCUGAUUAAUAAAGACUCAUUUUUGCAGGAAAGUAAUUAGAAGAUGGAAGAACACUUUCAGACUAUAACAUUUAAAAGGAAUCAACUCUCCACUUAGUGUUGAGAUUAAGAGGUGGAUAAUGAUUUUCUCUGUAUAUUCAUUCAUUAACUUUUUCUAUCUAUCAAUAA